CACGCCUUGUGUCUUAUGCGCAAGCGAAGCUCGUUGCGUGUAAACACAAGGUUUGUUGCAAAAGUAAAGACAGCAGGAAAUCGUCGUCCGGCAGCGGUGGAGAGGGUAGAAGUAGCGGGCGCAGGCGAGGAGAACUGACAUCCCCCGGCAAAGCAGGCGAAUCUGAGCGCGGACGAAAGCGUGAAAUACUAAGUCCUGAUCUUAGAGCGCGACCAAGCAGUAAAGUUUCCUCCAUUUCGGAUUCGAGUUCUAUCGACGACAUAGAAAAGAACAAGUUUGGAGCGAGAAGGGGGAACAAACGCACAUCGAAGAAUCCAGCGCCCCUGGGGAGCCGGGAGAAGCAAAUAGAGGUCAACGGAGACGGCAGUAUUAUCCUAGACGGUGACUUCAAAAUUGUAUCAGAAAACAGGGUAGGCGACAUUGACUAUAUCAGCGACGGCGUCUUUGCCUUUGGAAGAAGGGCCCCACGUUCAGUCGAACUUCAAGGGGCCGCAGAUUUGGGCGAUUUUUCGGACGACGAUGACGAUUUAGACGAAAAUGGAAGACCUAAAAGCAAAAAGGACGACCGAGCAUCUUCAUUCACACUUCUCCUCGCG